AUGCCGUCGCCCAAGGUCGUCGUCGCGCUCUAUCGCUCGCUCUUGCAGAGUGCCCGGGUGCUGGAUACUCACGCAGCCUUCAAGGCUGUGCUACCACGCGAGGUUGAGUGGCAUCAAGGAACCAAGUGGUGCGACUUUUUUGGCUCGAGUGUCUCGUGCACAGACGCCGUUCGCUCUGGUUUUCGAGAGCGGAAAGGACAAUGCGACCUUGAUGCAGCUCUAGAUGAGGCACUGAUGAUCAAUAAGAUGGGGUUGGAACGCGUGCAGCUUCUGUAUUGCGACGAGGGCGACCGCCGCCUGCUGAAGUUUACGGAAGUGCUGCAGCCUACGACGUUUGACGAGAAGUACGAGUGGGAAAAGCAGCAGCUGACAGCGCAAAAGAAAGAAGCUCUAAGUGGCGCAUUGGAGCUGAUUCAAAGUGCGUCGGAGUUGCUGACGAACGAGGAUCUUGACAGGACGGACAGGACGAGGCUGGCAAAAGCCUACUACGUCGAGUCGUUGAAAUUAUUUGAGACGUCUGAUGGUCACGCGUAUCUUGGCUGGCAUUUGUACUUGGACGGGAAAGCAGACGAAGCGGUGGGAGAGUGUCAGCGUGCGAUUCAGAUGGAUCCAGCGUUUGGAAACCCGUACAAUGAUCUCGGACUCAUCCGCGUUGCGCAAGGCAAGGCAGAGGAGGCGUUGCAGCUGUUCCGGCAAGCGAAGGCAGCGCCGCGCAAUGACGUGAGACGCUAUGCGUGUCAGAAUCUCGCCGCGUUGCACUUGGAAAACAAUCGAGUCAAGCCGGCACUGCAUGAAUACAUCGAGUCGUUGUAUUGGAUGCGGUCGAACGAAAAGACGGCGAUCACGAUCCGAAACACGAUUAGCGACUUAGGCGAUAUUUUGAUCGCGUUGGCGUCGUGCAAGGAAGACAUGGAGUAA